AUGGCGUCUCAGCAGCAGCAGCAGCCCGGCGGGCCGAUGUCCCAGUCAGGAUUACAACAAGCUGCUUCACUGCAACAACAGCAGCAGCAGCAAGACUUUGAUCCAGUUCAUAGGUUUAAAAUGCUUAUUCCACAGCUGAAGGAGAGUUUGCAGAACGUUAUGAAGAUUGCAUCGCUGAAUUUGGCCCAUAAUACAUCCAUUGAUAACGGCAUUAAAAGUAGCGACACUUCUGUUCAGCGCUUCGACAAAAGUUUAGAGGAGUUUUAUGCCCUCUGUGAUCAACUGGAGCUGUGUUUGCGUCUGGCGUAUGAAUGCCUCUCACAGAGUAUUGACAGCGCCAAACAUUCACCAAACCUGGUCCCAACAGCCACCAAACCAGACACGGUCCAGACAGAGUCCAUGUCUUAUGCUCAGUACCUUGCCAUGAUUAAAUCUCAAAUCUCCUGUGCCAAAGACAUCCACAACGCUUUGCUGGAGUGUUCAAAGAAAAUUGCAGGAAAGGUACAGCCACAAGGGAUCAUGUAGACUUGGACUAUUCAGGCUUUUUUUUUUUUUUUUUUGUAUCUCAUGCUCUGAUUUUUAUGUUUGGACUCUCAUGCUUAAUUUCACAAAACCCUGUUCAACUGAGUUUUUUGUAAAUGCACUUUGUCCUUUUUUUUAAUAAUGAAAAAAUUAAAAAAGAAAAACACUUUA